UGAUCUCCUUCUGGCAACAUCGCGUCACUGAGCCGGGGAGCUCACAGAGAAAGAGGCUCCUGCAGGGAAAGACGCGCAAAGACGCACAGACAACAUGGAGCUUCUAUGCUGCGAGGUGGACACCAUCAGGAGGGCCCAUCUGGACAGGAACCUCAUCACCGACCGGGUGCUGCAGACCAUGCUCAAAGCAGAGGAGACCUCCUGCCCCAGCAUGUCUUAUUUCAAGUGCGUCCAGAAGGAGAUCCUGCCCAACAUGCGCAAAAUAGUGGCCACCUGGAUGCUGGAGGUUUGCGAGGAGCAGAAGUGCGAAGAGGAAGUUUUCCCCCUCGCUAUGAACUAUUUGGACCGAUUCCUGUCCGUGGAGCCCCUCCGGAAGAGCUGGUUGCAGUUGCUGGGGGCCACUUGUAUGUUCCUGGCUUCUAAAAUGAAGGAAACCAUCCCACUGACCGCAGAGAAACUUUGCAUUUACACCGACAAUUCCAUCAGGCCAGACGAGUUACUGAUAAUGGAACUGCGGGUUCUGAACAAACUGAAAUGGGACUUGGCAUCUGUGACCCCCCAUGACUUUAUUGAACAUUUUCUAAACAAAAUGCCACUGACUGAGGAUACCAAGCAGAUCAUCCGCAAACACGCCCAGACAUUUGUUGCCCUCUGCGCUACAGAUGUAAAUUUUAUCUCCAAUCCACCCUCCAUGAUCGCCGCUGGCAGUGUCGCAGCAGCUGUUCAGGGACUAAAUUUGGGAAAUGCCGACAGUGUCUUCUCCACCCAACGCCUCACACUUUUCCUAUCACAGGUCAUCAAAUGCGACCCGGACUGUUUACGGGCGUGCCAAGAACAGAUUGAGUCCCUUCUAGAGUCCAGUUUGCGCCAAGCACAGCAGCAACACAACGCUUCAUCAGACACAAAAAACAUGGUGGAUGAAGUGGACAUCUCCUGCACCCCAACCGAUGUCCGAGACGUCAACAUCUGACAUCAAACGGCUCACAGACAUUUUUUUUUGCUCAUACCUAUAUAUAAACAUAUAUAGCUUUGGAGUGUGGUGGGAUAUAACUUGCGGAAGUGAAACAAGGCCACACCUUCUGGACACUUGUAACUUGCCGGGAGGAAAAUUCUGCUUCGUGGGUCCCAGGUUCACCUCUAAAAGAAAAAAAAAAACAAAUAAUUCCCAAAAACUUUUCAUACA